AUGGCUUCCAAAGAAUCCAAAGAGCCUUACCAAGACUUGGUGACAGAAAACACUGUACAAGAUGACUUAGACGAAGCAGAGGAGACACUAUCCCUAUGUGAUCUUCCUAUAUACAACGAUUCUGCUCGUUACGAAGACUUCUCUGAACAACAUCAAAACUUUUCAUCAUCAUCAUCAUCGCCGUCCGAUCAAGACUGCUUUGAAUUCUUCAGUGAAGAUUGGAUUAAAGGGUCCAGUUUUUCAUCGGAAAAAAUUGUCUUCUGUGGAAAGAUCAUUCCCUGCAAAGAACCAGUCUCCGAAGACACCCACAAGAAAGAAAGCAACAAAGAGCGAGAAGAACACAAGCCUGGCCUUUUCAGGUGGACAUCGAAGUCGUUGAACAGAUCAAAACCCUCUGAAUCCAGAAAAAGGGUGUCAAAUUUGCGGUAUGUUUCGAGUUCAAAGACUUUGUCAUCGCCGGUGCCGGAGAAAUAUAGGUAUGACACCCAUAAAUGCAGCAAGAAAUAUGAUAGAUGGUACUUGUUCAUGUUUGGAUUGGCCAAGUUUCCGGCGGAGAUGGAACUGAGGGAUAUGAGAAGCAGGAAGAUUCGCAGGAAAUCAUGGUUGUUUAGAACCAGCGGUGGUGGUGAGAAGGGGUUUGUUGGGAGGAGAAGAAUGAAGGGGUUGUGGGGGCUGAUUAGAGCUUUGGGUUGUGGUGGCCUACACCAUACAACCGCCGUCGCGAGUAGUGGCCCCGCCUUGAACGUGUCCGAGUAUGCAAGAAUUGACUGUAUGACACGCUCCAAACUAGGAUAG